AUGAAUAUUAUGGAUAAACCACAAAUUAUUCUACAUAGUCAAAAAUCGGUGAAUUACACAGUAUUCGAUUGUAAAUGGAUACCAACAUCAGCAAAAUUUGUAGCAUUAGGAAAUCAUGCUCGUGGAACAGGUGCAUUUGAAAUUUAUGAAAUUGGUCACGGCGAUAUUAAUCUUAUUUCACAACAUGAAAAACCAAGUGCAUUCAAAUGUGGAACGUUUGGUGCUUCUCCAGCACAACGACGACAUUUUGCUACAGGAAAUUUCGAUGGUUACAUGCAAUUAUGGGAUUUGGAAAAAUUAGAUACACCUGUUUAUUCUGUAAAAGGACAUAAAGAAAUAAUAAAUGCAAUCGAUGGAGUAGGCGGUCUGGGUAUCGGAGUUGGAGCACCGGAAAUCGCUACGGCUAGUCGUGAUGGACGUGUUCAUGUAUGGGAUCCACGACAAAAAGAUCAUCCCGUUGCAAGUAUGGAACCAGCUGAAGGCGAAACAAAACGUGAUUGUUGGGCUGUGUGCUUUGGAAACGCUUUCAAUUCGUCUGAAAGAGUCGUGUGUGCGGGUUAUGAUAAUGGUGAUGUGAAAUUAUUUGACUUAAGAACAAUGUCUUUAAAAUGGGAAACAAAUGUAAAGAAUGGUGUGUGCUGCCUUGAAUUUGAUCGUAAAGAUAUUGAAAUGAAUAAAUUAGUUGCAACAACAUUAGAAAGUAAAAUACACGUAUUUGAUAUGCUCACACAACAUGUAGAAAAAGGAUAUUCGUCACUUACUGAAAAAGCUCAUAAUUCAACGGUUUGGCUAGGUCGACAUUUACCACAAAAUCGUGAUAUAUUCAUGACUUGUGGGGGUACAGGAUCAUAUUAUUUAUGGAAAUAUAACUAUCCUGAUAAACGUGUUCAAAAACAGACCGAUGGUAGUGAAAUUGGAGUGAUGGGAUCUUUAACUUUACUACAAAACAUUGGUUUAUCUUCUCAGCCAGCAUCUGGGUUUGACUGGAGUCCAGACAAAGCGGGCUUAGCGUGUACCUCAGCAUUUGAUCAGACAGUUCGAGUAUUGAUAACAACAAAAUUAAAUACCGUGUAA